CUGUUGAGAAUCAGCUGAUAACGUCUGGAAAUCAUUGAUGAAAUCGCAUCUUCAAUACCGGCUUUAAUUGUGCUGUAAAUGUAGUUAAGCAUAUAUUAUUGUGAACAUUAACGGAAAAAUGUGUGAGCAAAAUAGAGAUGUAGAGUCCACGACAACGGCAGCUCGUACGAAUGUCAGUAUUUUGAUACUGAAUGAUGAUUGUUUGCUUGAAAUAUUUAAGCAGCUGGAAUUGGCUGAACAGGUUCGUUUAGCUAUGAUUUGCCCACGUUUGCGAAAUGUAUUCGAAUAUUACUGCCAGAGGCAUUGCAAGGUAUUGCGAAAAGAAUAUCUUAUUGAUUUGAGUACACGGGAAAUUAGGCGAUUUUUUGAAAUGGCUGGCGGAUAUUUGGAGGAACUCAUUAACCUGCCUUACACCGAUCAUGAGCGUAAUGAAUAUGUUAUCCAAGUACAUAAAUACUGUUCAAAUGUUCGACACAUUUACUUUGGAAUGACCAAAAUAAAGCCCAAGUGUUUACGCAAAUUACUAAUGAACAUGAAACAUCUUAAUAGUCUUCAUUUACAAAAGUGCUCGCUGGAUGACAAUGCAAUGCAAAGUGUGUCUGAGUUGAUAACUUUAGAAGUAUUGAAAUUAGAGGGGGAGGAAGACGUAACAGGUCGUUACUUAAGCAAGCUUAAAUACCUGAAAGAACUAACGUUUGUAGAAUGUGCAAUACAAGAUGAUUACUUUGUUGAAAUUUGCACAUCGCUUAAAGACCUUAAAAAACUUACUCUCCAAUGGUGUGAUGCAUUGACGGAAGUGGCUAUUUCAGCACUCCCUGUGCAUUGCGUCAAUUUAGAAAAGCUUAAUAUAUCUUGUAAUCAAACCUUUGAAUAUAAUGCUAUAGCACAGCUGCCAAAAUUGAUUGACUUAGAAUUGAGUGCAGAAGUGUUUAGAACACAAUCAUUUAAUUUAUUGUUAAAUGCUUUAGCUGAUUAUAAGGGUGAACAGCUCGAGUGUUUGCGGAUAUUCUCACCACGACUCAUUGUUGACGAAGGAACGAGGUCUUUGUCGCAGUUUAAAAAAUUAAAAGUAUUCGGAUGUGACUGUAGCAAAUACAUUGAUGUGACCUGUCUUAGAUACAUUUGCACAUUAAAAGACAUAGAAAUCGUUAGUUUAAGAUACUGCCGAUCCGUUACGAAUGAAGCGGUGUUGGCGUUGUUGGAAGACUGUCCAAGAUUGAAGUAUGUUAACGUUAUGCACUGUGAUCAGUUGACGGAGGAGCUAGUCUAUAAGAUUAUAGAUUUAUUGGAACGAAAGCAACAUGAAAAGCAACGCCAAUGUGAUAGUAGCCCAGUGCUUUUAAUGGUUUCUGGAACGAAAAUAAGGCACUUGAUUUUGGAGGAUACUAAAUAUUUAGCUGCUUUAAACGGAGGGAUAUUACGGCUUAGCUUUGAGAAUCCAUUUCAGUACCCGUAUGAAAAUUUAUACUAUACAUUUAACGUGCCGGCCGUUGGUGAUCUUAAGUACUUUUACUAAUUACGGUGGCUGCUUUGCAGAUAAUCUAGCAUGUAAAUAAAUAAUAAUUUCCUAAGUUUUCUAUUAUUUUAAAUUGCUCUAUAAGCUUAGCAGGCUAGUAUUACUGAAUUUUUUACCUUGUUUUUUUUUUUUUUUUUGAAAAAUUAUUGCGGAAACUGAACACUUCACAAAAUUUUGAUAUGAAAAAGAGCGUUUAUGUAAAUCCCUAUGCGCUUACAAUAUGUAGGUACAUGCAGUAUUUAGCUAACAAUUCACUACUAUUUAUUCCAUUCAUUGUUCAUUCGAUACUGCAAGCCUCUCGUUCGUUUCUUGUAAGACAAUGAAACUAAAAUAUAAUAUAUCUAAUUACGCGGAAAUAGCUAUUUACAUACAUACAUAUUUGUUAACUUAUGUAUGACAGUAACCCCCGUACUUGUAAGAAUAAAUUUAACUUAUGAAAUCCUGUAAAUUGUAAAACUGCCGAAACGAUUAAAAUUAUUUGCCAAAUAUUCUAUAUUUGGUUUUACUUUUGACGGUUUCGCAGCGAAUUAGGUGUUGGUACAUGCAUAUUGCAUAUUUGCUGUCAGCGUGACGUAAUUCAACCCAGUUUUGUUUUAUAUAUAUUAAGUAUGUAGAAAUGGCUACCAACUAUUUUGGGUUGUGUCAAAAAUGCAUGGCGAUAUCAAUAGCAUUUCAUUAGAUGAAUGCACAGGGUGGGCCAUAUAGCGUUUGCUUUUUGAACCACCUAUUUUUUUGAGAAUGGUAACACAAAUGACAUGUCAAAUGUGUUCAUAAUUUACUUAAAGGUUUUACAUAUACGAAAUGGGACGAUAUACGCUUGAACAAAAUUGGGAAAUAUUGAAAACCUAUUUCCAAAGUGGUGAGUCUUCUUCUUCUUUUCUGAUUUUUACAUCGGUGGCUACGUCAAUAAGCAAAAUUGUCGGAUUUGGGGCUUAGAAAAUCCACACGUUACUGUAGAGAAGCAAAUGCAUCCACAACGAGUCACUGUUUGGUGCGGUUUUGCGGUAAAGAAAAAAAUAAAUACAGUUUUUCAAGUUGUAUGGCUCCAUAAGUAAAAGUAAAGACAUAUAUAGGGUGGGCCAUGUAAAAUUUGCGUUUUGAAUCGGCUAUAAAAAAAAAAAAAACUAAUCAAUAUUUUUUCAAACUUUUUUUUUUAUUUUGAAGAUUGAUUAUUGUCAUUUAUGAAUAAAAAAUAAUAUCUUUCGAAUGACUGCCACGACUGGCUUUACAGUAGGCCAUUCGAUCAACCUAAUUUUGAAGCACAUUUUCGAUUGUUUGGACUCUAUUUUCAUGAAUGGCAACUUCGAUUUCGUGUUUUAAAGCAUCAAUUGUCUCUGGAUUGUUCGCAUAGCAUUUGUCCCUAACGGCUCCCCACAAAAGAUAGUCCAACGGGCUUAAAUCACAGCUCCGAGGCGGCCAAUUGAUAUCGGAAUUUCGGCUGAUUAUUCGGCUUUC